AUGAAAGAAGAAUCAGAUGCGCUAAUGAAGAUGACGGUUGAGAGUGAAAAAGUUGGCAAAUUGAUUCAAACAUUGUCAGAUGAUGUCGUAAAAGAACUUGCUAAAUUUUUUGGUAUAAAAUUCAUGUCUUCAACUUCCUACGAUUCUGUGAUUGAAUAUUUGCAAGAGCGUUAUAAUAAAAAAGAAUCUCGUUUUUCUGUUAUAGCUAGAUUGUCGGACACUUCAAAGAAACAAGACACAUUAUUCGACUGGUUUUCUCGUUUACGUUCGAUGACUCAUCAGUUCAAGGCAAAAUUUAGUACAGAACUGUGCGAUCUUGUGAUUAUCAAAGACAUUAUAUCUCAACUCCAUGAACCAUUGAAGAUUGAAUCUAUUAAGUAUGUUGAGUCCACUUCGCUUGAGGAACUUAAUCUCACAAACUUUUUAUCUUAUGUAGAAACUCUUCAACUAGCAACUUCUAUAGACCAAAUUAAUGCAUUUAAAGUUGUCAGAAAAAAGCGUCAAAGAAAGAAUCCACGUUAUUGUAAACGAUCUUUCGGCACCAAGCAGAAAGACGUUGAUACUAUCACUUUUGAUUCAGUCGAUUUUUUGUCAACAUGCUCGAAAUUUAUUGCUGUGAAUCUAUCUUCUACUGUUUCAUGUAAUAUGAAGAUUGAUACAGGUGCUGAUGAUUCUGUUUUACCUUUUUCUUUUUACAAAAAGAAUCUCUCGAAUGUCCCGCUUCAAAAAACUUCAAAGACUUGUACUUCAGCUACUAAUGCUUCUAUUAAAGUGUAUGGCUUUUUCAAUUUUUCAUUCAAUAAUGUUUCUUAUCCUUGCUAUGUUGCUGAUGUUGCAAGACCGCUUUUAGAUGGUAACGCGGCUUGGAUAGCUGUUCAACUGCAAUUAUCUUCAAAAGUAGAUGAAAUCAAGCACGAUCCUAAUCUCCUCUCACAAAUCAAACAAAAAUUUCCAAACUUGUUCAAUCUUUCAGGUAAACAAACUGGUGUUUAUGAUUAUAUUGUUGAUGACGAUAUACUUAAUCAUCCUCUAUUUUUUAUCCCACCACGUCGUAUUCCUUUUGGACUGGAAAAUGAUGUUAAAAGUAUUAUAGAAGAAUGGGAAAAGCAAAACAUUAUCACGAAACACACUUCAAUUGCUAAAUGGAAUACGCCAUUGUGUUUAGUUAAGGCAUCAACAAAGCCUUUACGUAUCUGUAUGGAUUUUUCUGCAACUGUUAAUCGUGUUACGAGUACUCGCUGCACUUUACUUGAUAAUUUUGAUGCUCUUUUUAGAGAUUUAAGUGAUGCUUACUUUUUCACACACUUUGACCUAUCCUCAGCAUUUUUGCAACUACGGUUAUCUGAUUCACUAUCAUCCAUAAUGACUUUUAAAGUUUUAAAUACUACUUAUAAAUGGCUUCGUUGUUCUUUUGGAUAUAAAAAUUCUCCAUACCAUAUGCAAACAUUUUUAUCAUGGGUACUUCGUGAUUGUGUUGAAUUUACGAAAAUCUACUAUGAUGAUAUUUUAAUAUAUGCAUCAAAUAUGUCAGAUCUUACUAAAUAUACUUUCCAGGUUUGUGAACAAUUGGACUAUUAUAAUUUCGUAUUGAACGCACAAAAGUCAGUUUUUGGAUCCAAUGUUACUGAUGCUGCCAAAAAUUCCAUUCUUUCAAUUCGCUCUCCCCAAAAUGUUGCUGAUAUACGUACAAUUUUAGGUGUUUGUGCUCAUUACGCUGAUGCUAUUCCAAAAUUGAUGAAUUUUAUUCUCUUACUUUCUCCGUUGUGUCGUAAGUAUGCAAAAUUUGAAUGGAGCUCCACAUUAGAAUCACUUUUUCAAAAAUUCAAGGCUAGCAUUCUAUCAUUAUCACAUAGCUACUUCUUUGAGAAAAAUCGACCGACCUAUUUAUCAUGCGAUGCUUCAAGUAUCGCAAUUGGAGGCGUGUUAGAACAACAAGUUAAUAUUGGUGGAAAGUCAGUCCGUGUUCCAGUUUUAUAUUUUAGUAAAGCUCUAUCUCAGUCACAAAUCAAUUACUCUCAAACUGAAAAAGAACUUUUUGCACUGAUUACUGGACUUCAAAAAUUUAAAUAUUAUAUCAUGGCUUCCAACUGCAAAAUGUCAGUCAAAGCAAAAAAACCAAUUCCUAAUCAUAUUUCUGGUCGUCUUCAACGCUGGCUACUAAUUGUUCAAUCUUAUUGUCUGUCUGUUGAUUUUAUCCCAACAUCUAAUUUUUGCAUGCCGGAUCUUCUUUCUAGAAUGGUAGCUACAAUGGAUACAUCUUCUGAGUUAGUUAUUUCGGAAAUGUGUGUUGAAAGAGAGUUUGCUGCUGUUAACUUCAAUACCUUCUUUUCGGAAAGUAAUUUUCGUUCGGCAAUCUCUGAAGAUGUGGAUAUUGGCAGAAUCAAAAAGUUUCUUAGUGAUGGUUUUCCCGUUUUUUCAUCUCUAUCAAAACAUGACAAAUGA